CAGAAAUGUAAACAGGCGGAAUGACCGCUUGUCAAGAGCUUAUCAGCAAAAUUCGGAGGCGCAAUGAUGCUCGAAAUGAGUGUACAAUUGCUCUGAGUGGCGAAACGGGUCUCGUAUGUGCCAAAUUCCUCGUCGAAGAACGUGAAAGGAUGCAGAGAUCAGCAGUCUGAUUUCACAAUGCAAAGGUGACAAGCGCCGUCCGUGGACCAAGAAGUCUGAAUGGGGGCAGCAAGCUCCUCCCAUGACCCUGCCUGCCCAAGGCCGGAGCCCCACUGGAUUCACUAUGGCUCCAUCAACCUGGAAGACGAAUUGCCAGCCGAGGCACUCAAAGUAGGGGCCUCUGUGGGGAAAAAGAUUUCUCCUGUGCGGAGAUUCUUUGCCCUGUUGGCCACAUUUGAUGUCUGCUUUUGCUCUUUCCUCUGGAUUCUCUGUGCAAUGCUGCAGUACAAGUCAGUAAAACUAGUCUAUGAAAAAGAAAUCCUGGAAUAUGGAAUUUCGAUCUUGUUCGACAUGUCCGUUCUCUCUGCCCUUCGCUUCGUGGUGCUGAUUUUAGCGUACAUUGUGUUCCGGUUGAAGCACUGGCUCCUGGUCGCACUCAUGACCACGCUCAGUGGUGCCAUCGUCAUCUGCAAGACCUUCCUGUACGACUGGCAGGGCCAGUUGGCAGUGAACUCUGGUGUCCUAGCUGGAGUGCUGCUUCUUGUGACAUCCUUUGUGCUGCCCUGGGGGCAGGCCUGGUUUUUGGACUUUCGUGUUGUGCCUAGUGAGAACCGGGCAUCGCAGCUGCUUGCACGCAUAGUCAAUGAUGCCUUCCCACCCGUGCCAUCGACACUUGGCCGGGAAAAUGUGCGCAGUGAAGAUGGAGGCACCACUUUCUACUCGCCUGAAAGCGGAUCUGAAAGUGAGUCCCUGGCAGGAGAUGAUGUGCGUGUUAGAAGUGAAAUUCAACUACCUCAUGACCUGCGUGUCAGAUUUGAGCAGCCAGAGAUUUAUCCAAAAGUGCUGGCCCCCGAGGAGCGUUCUUACAAGCGCAAAGCUGAGGAGGCCUUAGACACAGCCUUGAAGAUAUUCCAUGAGAGCAAUUGGAAAACUGAAAAGAUGGACCACAAUGGUGCUAUACAAACCUGCCAUCAUUCCAAAUUCGGCAAGGUCUACAAGUAUGCGGGUACACUGCCGGCAUCUCCAGAAAUCAUCUUGGACAUCCUGUUCAACAAACUGGAGGAGCAAGUCCUGUGGAAUCCUUCAGUGAAAGAAGCCAGGGUAAUAGAGAGUAUAGACAGUCAGACAGACAUCGUGUACAUACUGUCAGAUGGUGCAAAAGGAGUCGUGUCUUGUAGGGAUUUUGUGAACCUCAGAAUGUGGCAAAAGCGUGGCGAGUCCUACUUGCUGUGUGCCAUUGGUGCCGAGCAUGCCAAGCAGCCACCCAAGAAAACGAUUGUGAGAGGCGAACAGGGGCCCCUGUUGUACAUGCUGGCUCCGUCAGAUACGGAAAUGCAUCGGAGCAAAUUCCAGUGGCUACUCAACGUCAAUCUCAAGGGCUGGCUCCCGCAGUACAUAAUCGACAAAGCGAUGGCCAAGAGCAUGUUUGAGUAUGCUGAUGCACUCAAAGCCCAUCUCAUCAGCCUCGAAAUGUCUCCCGAGAACAUCUGAGGCAGUCAUCACAUCCCUCGAACCGUGUUGUUCAGCGUUUAAUAUUUUUUUUAUAAGAUCACAUAUGUCAAAGUGAUAAAAAUUUUAUAUUGGUUUGAUGAUGCUUCAACUGUCUUAUAUACUAAUUUACAGCCAGUAGACCGCUAGUCGCACAGUUGACAUAGAUUAAGUCAACUUUUGUGAUAUUUUUGUGCAUAUAACCUGUAUCCCUACCUUCAACUCUGCAAGAACAAACAAAAAAAGCCUAAAACCUCUGCAUAUAACCUGCAGCCCCACUUAUUCAGUAUAAUUUUCUGUUUUUAUAUGCAGAAAAUAUAGUACUAAUUCAAUCUCAAAUUCCCAGCUACCACUUAUAUGUUUCUAUGGGACCAAUGUUUUAUUAAUUAGAUAUCAAAAUUAGCAUUUGCUGAUAAAUUUGGACAUCACUGUUAAUACUGCUCAAGCUUGCCCCAGUGGAAAAUGCAUCAAUGUUUUCAAUACUAGCAGCGUUCAACCUUUCAGAGCUUGGAGUGAAGUGAAUGCAUCAAACACACCAUCUACCAUCGAAACUGCUUAUUUUUAUCUAUUUGCAUCAAGAUGAUGCAGAUUUGUGGAAGCAAAUGUAAAAAGAUGACAUAGAGAA